AUGAGAUUACACUCGCGAUCUUGCCCCAUAACCGUCGCGCUUUUCCCCCAAUGUCGGAAGUCACGUUGCGCCGAGCCCUUCGGCGCUUCUGCGCUGCUCAAGUGUGUGUUCCUCAGUACGCUUCGGAUUUUGCUCCCGUACCGUCCGCUAAAUAUUAACGGCGUGUGCCGUUCGAAUCGACCCCUCCAUUUAUCAAACUGUAAUAUUUGUGAAAGACCAGUGCGUGAUACGUGUUUUGUCAAUAAGAUGGUAUCACCAGUAGCUGUGACUACACUCCGGGAUCUGUUCGACAAACAGCAGGCAGAAUCAACGAGUGAUAACAUCAUCCUAGAUAGGAUCAAAUCUCUGGCUGUGAAACAUCUCCCUGCAGGAUGGAAAGAAUGGAGAAUAGUAGCGACAACCAAGGUCGAUGUCUUAGAGGAACCUAUAGAUCGGCAGAUUUUAAAUAAGAUUAGAUUUACUCUACCAACAGUAGGCAUAGCACGAGCGUUCAACCCUACAAUCUCAUGCCUUUCAGAAAAAGCAUAUCGCGACAUGAAGAUCAGAAUGCUAAACUGUCCAUUCUGUCUGGGCCUUGUGACGGCACCAUCAAGUCUAGCCGCAAAGAUAAGAGGCUCGAUAGCACAGAACGAACUAGUUCUGGCAGCUCUAGAAGUUAUGAAACAUUUAAUGAUUUCAAGGAAAGAAGCCUCAUCACUCUUAUCUGAGGAUCUUUCGGAUCAGGGAAGCAGCUCUAGUGAGCAGGUAGCAAAACGAAGAAAGUAA